AUGUCCGCGACAUCAACUGCUAUCAGUGCCGCGACAACCACUGCUGGGAGCGGCGGAGAGGGGUCGGGUUCCAAUAAUGCCACCAGUUCCCCGUUGCUGUUCUUCGUCGCGCUGGGAUUUGGUGUCGUGUUCACGAACCUCUGGAUCAUCGUGGGUGUGAAAUACUGCUUUCGCUACAACGCACGCAAUCGCCUGGCUCCAACCGAUGAAGCCGGAGAACCUAUCGAUCUAACGACCAUGCCACGGGCGCACCGGAGAAGAAGGGAGAAAAAGUUGAUGACCAUGGAUGAAGUCAACGGACGGUUUCCCCUGGUCAAAUACAAGGUGUGGAGGUCUUCUCGUGCCAAUCAAGGUCUUCCAACAGAGGGGGGCAUCACGGCUCCUAACAGUCGGCCACAGACUCCGAAGGAGGGACAUGAGGCCGUGACAACGGUGGUGGAUGUUUCCACGACAGAAUCACAACCCCCGAACCACAGACAGAUGGACUCCUCUAUCUCCACGGGGUCGCUGGAUGAUUCCCAUUUGAAGAUUCCGGGACCAAAUGCUCCUCCACCUUCAGAGCCUGCUAUGACUGCAACCCAGUCCAACCCCGGUACUGAGAUUCCUGAGAAAUGGCAGCAUACCGAAAACAUGAACAUCGAUCCAGAAGAUGACGAGGAACACAUUCGAACCGCGGUCCCUGCGGAUCUCUUGCCUAAUCCUGGGGACUCUUGCGCCAUCUGCCUCGACGUCAUUGAAGACGAUGAUGAUGUUCGUGGGCUCACCUGCGGACAUGCGUUCCAUGCUUCGUGUGUUGAUCCCUGGCUCACGAGCCGUCGGGCGUGCUGCCCUCUGUGCAAGGCGGAUUACUACGUGCCCAAGCCUCGUGCGCAGACCGAAGCACAGGCCGCUGAACGUCGAGCCCGCAGGAUGGCAGCAAGCCCCGUCGAUGCAAUCCUCAGACCUUCCCGGGUCGCCCAUCACGGCAAUCGAAGCAACGGAUUCCGAGUCCAGAUGGUUUUUCCGGGUCGGAUAUUUCAAACACAACAAGCUGAUUCCAGCGAGAGAGAUAUUUCCUACGAUCAAGACCAGCAUCUGCGCAGGCGCGAUGAGACUUGGGAUCCGAGUCAUCCCCCGGGCCCAGACCAAUCUGGCUGGUCCCGAUUCCUCCCAAAUCGACUCCGUCGGCCUUUCUUCCCCGCCUCUCAAAACUCUCCUGAUAAUGGGGUUUCAUCUACAGACCCUCCUGCUUCAGACCAGCGUACCCCCCGUCAAGUGGAAGCAGGGACCUCAUGA